UUUGCGCGUCCCUGGCAGCCAGGCGGGUUCCGGCCGGGCGGAGGCCGCGGCGAAGCCGGGGGCUCGCGUAGAUGUGCAGCCCGGGGAGGGCGCCCCCUGGGCCGGCCCCGGCGGGGGACCUGCCGCCCGAGUGGGAGACGGACGACGAGCGUAUGGCUUUUCUGUUCUCGGCUUUUAAGCAGAGCCGCGAAGUGAACAGCACCGAGUGGGACAGCAAGAUGGCCUUCUGGGUCGGGCUGGUGCUGGGCUGGGGCCGCCGCCGCGGUGCGGUUCGUACCUGUCUGCGAGAGCUGCAGAACGGCUUCGAGCGGCGGGGCAGCGUGCCGCUGGGCCUCGGCACCGUGCUGCGGGAGCUGCUCAGACGUGGCAAGAUGCAGAGGGAGUCGGACUUCAUGGCCAGUGUGGACAGCAGUUGGAUCUCUUGGGGUGUGGGAGUCUUCAUCCUGAAGCCUCUGAAGUGGACGCUCUCAAGUGUGCUGGGUGACAGCAAAGUACCAGAGGAGGAGGAAGUUCUGAUUUAUGUGGAGCUACUUCAGGAGAAAGCAGAGGAAGUUUAUCGCCUGUACCAGAACUCUGUGCUUUCAUCUCACCCCGUCGUUGCCCUCUCUGAGCUGCGUUCCCUCUGCGCUGGUGUUUGUCCAGAUGAAAGAACGUUCUACUUGCUGCUGCUCCAGCUGCAAAAGGAAAAGAAAGUCACAAUCCUGGAACAGAAUGGAGAGAAGAUAGUGAAGUUUGCCAGAGGACUUCAUGCCAAAGUCUCUCCAAUGAAUGACGUGGACAUCGGAGUCUAUCAGCUGAUGCAGAGCGAGCAGCUGCUGUCACAGAAGGUGGAGUCCCUUUCCCAGGAAGCAGAGAAAUGUAAAGAAGAUGCCCGGAAUGCUUGUAGAGCUGGGAAAAAGCAACUGGCUCUGAGAUGUCUGAAGUCCAAACGAAGGACAGAAAGGCGCAUUGAGGAGCUUCAUUCCAAGCUGGAUGCAGUGCAGGGGAUCUUGGAUCGGAUCUACGCUUCCCAGACCGACCAGAUGGUGUUUAAUGCCUAUCAGGCUGGUGUGGGUGCUUUGAAGCUCUCUAUGAAGGAUGUUACUGUGGAGAAGGCAGAGAACCUGGUAGAUCAGAUACAGGAGCUUUGUGAUACUCAAGAUGAAGUAGCCCAGACUCUGGCUGGAGCAGGGGUCAAUGGUUUGGAGAUGGACUCGGAAGAUCUGGAGAAGGAGCUGGACAGCCUCCUCCAGGACUCUGCGAAGGAGCCCGUCCACCUGCACCCCGUGCCCCCAGAGGAGCCGAUUUCUGGAUUUGUAGGAGCCAUUUUGGAUGCUGAGCUUGAAGCUGAGUUGGAAAAGCUCUCUGUUUGUGACGAAGAUCUGGCACAAGAUGCUCCAUCGGCUUCCUCUGAACCCCAAACAGCUCUGGGACUGGAUCUCUAAAGACCCGACCGCAUCCUGUUGCUGCAGUUUGACAAGUUGUCUUCAGGCUCUUUAUUUAUUGACUAAAACUUUGGGACGGGGGGGCCCUGGUCCCCUCUUCUUCAUGAAAUCCCUUUGCUAAGCAACAGGAUCUCCUGCCGUGACAAUCCACUCUGGAACUGGCCCCAGCUGGUGUUUGUCAUCUCUGUGCCAACAUCUGCACUGGUCUGAAUUUGACUUGCUGUCAUCUCCAGUCACCUGUGACAUCCAGGAACGCAGUUCACUCCUCUGCCCAGUGGAGAUAAACUCUCUCUGUCCAUAACAGUGCUUGUUGUUGAUUUCUUUUGGUUUUCUUUUCCUUUGCUGUGGCUCACGUUGAGAACCUGAGUUGCAGCAGCAUUGCAGUUGCUCAACGUUUGGCUGUGUGGUUGUUUAGAACACUUGGCACGUAGGUACUGCCCUUGACAUAAGUUACUGCAACGAGCUUCAGCUUCACCACCUGUCUGUAGUUCCGUCCCUCCCCUCUGUGUGCUGCACGGCUGUGGACAACUAGACACUGUAACAAUUGUAGGAGGUGUUGCUGCCGCGCUAGAGGGCAGCAAUUGCAAGCACAAGACAAAAAAAUUCCUCUUUCUGUAAUGACACUAAGGCCUUAAAAGGGAGACCUGCAAAAUAUGUGAAGUUGAGGGAGUUGCUGGUGCUGAGGUCAGUGACGAAGCCUUGCAGUCGCUGCGAUGCGACUUCCUGCUUUCUCUUACUUGAAAUCUGUGCUGUCUGCUGCCUUUGCAUCUUCCUUGUUGGCAAGGCGGCAGCAGGGCGACCUGCUUCCAGCUCUCCUGUGGAAUGAUUUGGGGUGGGAGGGGAGAAGCUGCAUCAUUUUCUCGUUUGGAGUUUCGUGUAACAGUUUUAACGGCUUGUGGUCUUGGUGUCGCAAUUCCACAAGAUGAUGGGUUACCAGAAAGCCCCAAAAUAAAACCCUGUGUUUCUAUUGCAAAAAAAACAAACAAACAAAACCAAGCACGGUAUGUGAAGAUGGUUUUGGAGGCUGGGAAGUGAAAUCAUUGCUUUAUUUUAUUUUAUUUUAAUUUUUUGCAGGUCACUUUUUUAUGCUAUGUAUGCACUUGGAAAAGCAGAAAGCCUGGUACUGCACCCCAAUAAAUGAAUUCCUUCAGGAGGAGAAGAGAAGGAGCGUGGGCUUCCUGCAUGCCCUGCACAGGGCAGGGCAGCCCGGAGCUCUGUUGAGCUGCAGUCCUCUCUGCACCUCUCCCUGACUCGGAAUGUAUUUGCUAUCAUCACUGUCUGUUUCUCAGCUCUCUCCUGGCCCUGAGUUGCAGAGCUUGAGCCACGCGCUCGGCUGAGCAGCGCCCUGGGCCUGCAGUUGCUGUGCUGCUGCCGAAGCAGCUUCAGCCCCAGAGUGCUGGGAGAGAAAAGCUGGGCAGCAUCAGGUGCUGCUUUGGCUUUGGUGUCCUUGUCGCUCCUGAGCGCUGCAGGCCCUGCACUCAGCCAGCAGUGCGCCCAGGCUGCACCUGAAAUGCAUUCUCUGUAUUCCUUUCUUUUGUAAGCCAAGGGGAGGAAAAAAACCACUGUUUUCUGCCUACAUGUAAUAAAGGGGAGAGGAAGAA